AAGUACAAAAUAAAUAAAAUGCUUCAUCUUUCAUUAAUUACACUUACUGAACGAAAAACUGACUACAAACAAUUAUUUUAAAUAAAGCGAGAGAAAAAAAGAAUCGCACACAGUGGCUCGCUGAAUGGAACAUUGAUUGCAUUAGAAUUGUAUACAAAUUGAAAUUUUCGAAGUGGUGUCCCUUCAUAUUACAUCGCUCGAUUUUAUAGUGAAACGUUUAGUUUGUGUCGGGAGACGUUUUCGAACGAAACGUGUUUUUGUGUUGAGAGUCAUUCAUAAAAAUAACGAAAACCAUCAAAUUUGUUUAUUGUUUAAUUGUAUCUUAAAGAAUCAUUUUUUUUUGGGAAAGCGAGCUAACUACUGAUUGGAUCAAAGUAGUUGAAUAUAAAUUAGAAGAGUGAAAACUAUUUAGAAUUGUACACAUAAUGUCAAAAAGACGCAUUGAGAUGGAUCCAUUCAUUAAGAAACGGCGUGAAGAAAAAGGCAUUCCAGUUGAUUCGAGUGCAACGACAGCAUCGACCGCUCAACCAGCAACAACGUCAAAUCUUUUACAAAGUGGCACUGCGAUAGCAGCCACCACAGCAACAUCGCGUCAAAAUUCAGUGAAUCCAUUGAACAAUCAAGCUUAUUCGCAACGAUACUACACUCUAUAUCGAAAGCGUAUAACAUUGCCAGUGUUUGAAUAUCGUGCCGAUUUUAUGCGGUUGUUAGCCGAAAAUCAAUGCAUAGUGCUUGUGGGAGAGACUGGAAGUGGUAAAACAACCCAAAUUCCACAAUGGUGUGUCGAAUAUGCUCGUUCAAUUGGUUCAAAGGGAGUUUCAUGUACUCAACCACGUCGAGUGGCUGCUAUGUCAGUGGCCCAGCGUGUUUCGGAAGAAAUGGAUGUGAUAUUGGGUCAAGAAGUUGGUUAUAGUAUCCGUUUCGAGGAUUGUUCAUCACCAUCAACCGUACUCAAAUACAUGACAGACGGUAUGUUAUUGCGUGAAGCAAUGAGUGAUCCAACAUUGGACGGAUAUCAAGUGAUUUUACUCGAUGAGGCUCACGAACGUACAUUGGCCACUGACAUUUUGAUGGGCGUACUGAAAGAGGUGAUUCGACAGCGAAAUGAUUUGAAAUUGGUGGUUAUGUCUGCCACUUUGGAUGCCGGUAAAUUUCAACAGUAUUUUGAUAAUGCACCAUUGAUGAAUGUACCGGGUCGAACGCAUCCGGUCGAAAUUUUUUAUACACCCGAACCGGAACGUGAUUAUUUGGAAGCGGCUAUUCGAACAGUUAUUCAAAUUCAUAUGUGCGAAUUGAUUGAGGGUGAUAUUUUGAUGUUUUUGACGGGACAAGAAGAAAUUGAAGAGGCAUGUAAACGAAUCAAACGUGAAAUCGAUAAUUUGGGACCGGAAUUAGGCGAAUUGAAAUGUAUACCAUUGUAUUCGACAUUGCCGCCAAAUCUACAGCAAAGAAUUUUCGAACCACCACCACCAAACAAAGCGAACGGUGCAAUUGGCCGAAAAGUUGUUGUAUCGACAAAUAUUGCUGAAACAUCGUUGACCAUUGAUGGUGUGGUGUUUGUCAUUGAUCCGGGUUUUGCUAAACAAAAAGUCUACAAUCCAAGAAUUCGUGUCGAAAGUUUAUUAGUUUCACCGAUUAGCAAAGCAUCGGCACAACAGCGUGCUGGUCGAGCAGGACGUACAAAACCAGGAAAAUGUUUCAGACUUUAUACAGAAAAAGCGUACAAAAAUGAAAUGCAGAGCAACACAUACCCGGAAAUUUUACGUUCAAACUUAGGAACUGUUGUGUUACAACUGAAAAAAUUGGGCAUUGAUGAUUUGGUGCAUUUCGAUUUUAUGGACCCACCGGCACCAGAGACACUGAUGCGUGCACUUGAGCUAUUGAAUUAUUUAGCUGCACUUGACGACGAUGGCAAUUUGACAGACUUGGGCGCUGUAAUGGCUGAAUUUCCGCUGGAUCCACAGUUAGCUAAAAUGCUCAUUGCCAGCUGUAAUCACAAUUGUUCAAACGAAAUUCUAUCUAUUACAGCCAUGUUGUCGGUACCUCAAUGUUUUGUUCGACCGAAUGACGUCAAAAAGCAAGCCGACGAAGCAAAAAUGCGUUUUGCUCACAUUGACGGUGACCACUUGACUUUGCUAAAUGUAUACCAUGCAUUCAAACAGAGUAACGAAGAUACAAAUUGGUGUUACGAAAAUUUCGUCAACUAUCGAUCGCUGAAGCAGGCCGACAAUGUGCGUCAACAAUUGUCACGUAUUAUGGAUCGUUUUAAUUUGAAGCGAACUAGCACAGAUUUCUCAUCGAAGGAUUAUUACAUAAAUAUCAGAAAGGCCUUAGUUCAGGGAUUCUUCAUGCAGGUUGCCCAUUUAGAACGCACCGGACACUAUUUAACGAUUAAAGAUAAUCAAGUGGUGCAGUUACAUCCGUCAACCUGUCUAGAUCAUAAACCAGAUUGGGUUAUAUACAAUGAAUUUGUUUUAACAACGAAAAAUUACAUUCGAACUGUGACAGAUGUAAAACCUGAAUGGCUUCUGAAAAUCGCUCCACAAUAUUAUGAUAUGAACAAUUUUCCUCAAUGCGAAGCAAAACGUCAACUUGAAGUGCUACAAGCCCGAAUCGAUUCGAAACAAUUUCAACAAGGAUUUUAAAUUAGAAAUGAAACAGAUGUAAUUUAAUAUUUAAGAAAUCGAAUUCAUCGGAAGGCACACAUGAAUAUAUCAGGAAUUUUUGGCUCCAAAUAAAGAGAUACACACACUCACACACACACAUACACACACACACACACACACACACACACUCUCUCUCACAAACAAAUAAAUAAACACAGUGUUUAUUAAGAUGACAUUAAAUCAAAGAAGAGAUGAUUCGUUAUGCAUCAUAACUACAAAGUUAAACUUUACAAAGUUAUACAAAUUGAAAUACUGAGAGCAAAUAAAAAAAAUGCAGCAUGUCCAUGUUCGAAUAGUCGUAUCAUUAUGUGUUUCCAAAUAUUAUGACAUGGUUUAAUAAACGUUUUCCAAUUCAUUUUGAUUAUAAA